AUGUUGCUUCAAGAGGAAGAGGCCGACUCCAAGAUGGCUAUUGAACCCACCCUUGCCGCUUUGGCCAAGAAGACGAACUGCGAAAAGCAGAUCUGCCGUGUGUGCUACGCGCGCCUUCCGCCGCGUGCCACCAACUGCCGCAAGAAGAAGUGCGGGCACUCGAACCAGCUCCGCAUCAAGAAGAAGAUCAAGUAA